CAGAAUCUGUCAGCAUCACUUCGUAUUCGACGAUCCCGAGUCUUGCCACGAUGCUCGGCUAAAAACACUUUUGUGCGUCAUCGAUUUAACCGUCGCUAGAUUGUUUCAUGCGCGUGUUCCAUCAUCUCUGCACCGCGUGAGAGUGAUCUGUGUUUUCUCAUCCAUAUUUGCUGAAUGAAUGCGAGAAGUGCAAUCUAGGAUUUCCUCUGUUUCAGUGAGAGUAAAUCACACAGGAUGUGGUUAGCCGUCAUCCUGUUUUGUUUUAUCCUCGGGUUAUUCGCCUACCUGGAUGCAAAGAAACCUAAGAACUAUCCUCCAGGUCCAGAAUGGUACCCAAUCAUCGGGUGUAUGUUACUCGUACAGAGGCUGAGGAAGGAAACGGGGUACCUGUACCGAGCAUGCGAGGAGCUCUCCCGGCAGUAUGGUCCAGUGGUGGGCCUCAAAGUAGGCAAAGAUAAGACAAUCGUCUGUUCCGGCUACGAGGCCGUCAAGGAAUUGCUCACCAAAGAGGAAUUCGACGGCAGGCCCUCCGGACCCUUUUACGAGGACAGAACUUGGGGAAGUCGCAGAGGCUUGUUGCUAGUGGACGAGCAGUUCUGGGUGGAGCAGAAGAGGUUCGUGCUGAGGCACCUGCGGGAGUUCGGCUUCGGGAAGAGGACCAUGUCCGAGCUGGUGGAGGAGGAGUCGUUCCAGCUCCUGUCCACUUUCCGGGAGGCCAUCGCCAAAGAAGGCGGGCGGUCGGCCGUGGUGCCGAUGCGCGACGCCUUCAGCGUCUCCGUGCUCAACACCCUCUGGUCCAUGCUGGCCGGCAUCCGCUACAGCCCCGAAGACAAGGAGCUCAAGCACCUCCAGGGCCUCCUCACCGAGCUGUUCGCAAACAUCGACAUGGUUGGCACCAUAUUCAGCCAGUUCCCCUUCCUCAGGUGGCUCGCCCCCGAGAAGUCCGGAUACAAGCAGUUCAUCGAUAUCCACCAGAAUGUUUGGAAGUUCUUGAAGACUGAAUUGGACAACCAUAAGGCCACUUUCAAAGCUGACGACCCAAGAGAUUUGAUGGACGUUUACCUCGAGAUGCUCCGCUCAAAAGACCGAUCAUCCAGCUUCUCAGAAUCCCAGCUUUUGGCGAUCUGCAUGGACAUGUUCAUGGCCGGAUCGGAAACGACAAGUAAAUCAAUGGGUUUUGGUUUCCUGUAUUUGUUAUAUCAUCCGGAAGUACAAGUCAGAGCUCAGGAGGAACUUGAUCGUGUCGUUGGCAGAAAUCGAUUACCCACUUUAAAUGACAGACCUGAGAUGCCAUACAUGGAAUCUAUCGUUUUAGAAUCCGUACGUAUGUUCAUGGGUCGCACUUUCAGUAUUCCCCACAGGGCUCUCAGAGAUGCCACCAUUCAGGGAUACAAUGUUCCUAAGGGUACAAUGUUAAUCGCGAAUUUCCAUCACGUGCUGAUGAGUCCUGAGUUUUGGGAUGAACCGGAGCUUUUCAAGCCAGAGCGAUUCAUAAAUGCAGAAAAUAAAGUGGUCAUACCGGACAACUACUUACCUUUUGGAUUCGGUAAACACAGGUGUAUGGGACAAGCGCUGGCCCGAUCCAACAUUUUCCUCUUCACGGCGACUCUGCUUCAGAAUUUCACCUUCAGUUGUGUCCCAGGCCAAGAUUUGCCGAGUAAAUUGGGAGUCGAUGGAGUGACUCCCUCACCCGGAGAAUUUGAUGCCCUCGUAACAGUAAGGGAUUGAAACGAUGUUUCCCCUCGAAGUCUGUAAGCUGCUGAUAUAUUAAUGUGGCAGCGAAUGGAAUUAAUGAGGGGUUCAACCUCUCCAGAAACCAAAUUAAACGCUAUUCCACCAAAUUAAGUUAACUAGAUUAAGUGUGUUUUUGCAUCGUUAAUUGAGAGACAACAGUCCGUGGUUGUUGAUUUCGAUAAAACAGUAAGUGACAAAAAUUCACUUUCCCGUGUACUGAUAUUCAUUCAUUAAUGUAUAUUGAAAUAUGAAAGGGGGGGGGGGGGAGAGAUUCGAGUGUCCUAUUGAAAAUUCUCGAAAAUAUUAUUAGAGAGACAUCUGGUGGUGCAGUAACUUUUGAAGAAUGCUUGAAAAAUUCGCCGAAGCACUAUUGAAGUUUCCGUAAAUACAUUAUUUUUGAUGCUUAAGUAUUUCACACACCUCAAGAUCUUGGCGCAAAAUUUGAAAGAAAUUGUUCCAGGAUAUUUUUGGAUUUACUGAGCACUCGUGUGCUUACUAUUCAUUCAUGAUGAACUAAACCGUCUAUAUCUCUUUUUAUAUCGCUAAUAAAUUUAUUCUUAUUUGUCUCGAAAAGUAAAGAAGGCGUCGAAUAUUAAAUGAAUUGAUCUCUCGCUGGAGGGGGUGAGUAAAUCGUUAUUUUGCCUCCUACAUUCCAUUCAGAGUUGCAGGUAUUUAGUUGCUCUCGAUAAAUAUUGAGGUUAUCAGUUUUGAGCUUAAAGUUUCCUCUUGCGCGGCCAAAAGCGAUUGUAGUAAAAAAAUUGACUGCAAGGUAUAUAGGUAUGAAGGCGAUCUCAACCCACAAGUUUUGAGAAAUCAGAAACGAAAAAUACUGCCAUAGCCAUCUCGUAUGACCGUUAAAAUAAAUUGUUUGACAGAAGUAUCCAAAUAAAUGGCUUACAGUUUCCUUAGACAAUAUAGGAAUAAUUUGUUAGUCAUAAUUAUAGAAAUACUAAAUUUAUCUUGUUGUCUAUUAUUAUUGAAAUAUGAAAAGAAUGUGUACAUAUUCUCAUCGAACUGUAAUAAUUAUUACUGCCAAAAUAGUUUUAAGUUUAAUAGGUGUCUCAGCAUGUAUGCAAAUUUGUAAAUAUGUUUUUUUGCGUAAGCAAUGACACCUAUGAAAAAUAAACUCUAUUUAUAGAGAA